GUGGCGGUAAGCGCUAACGCGUCUUUGCUAAACACGGUGUGUUGUUAUGUAGCUGUAGAAGAAAUGAUGCUACCUUAAUUUAGUGACUCGCAAUUAUGAGAAACUGUUUUCGCAGUAGUCGGAUGUACAGUAGUCUUUAAUUUACUGUAACGUUUUUUUUUACUUUUGACAACAGCGGUAUGUUGUCAUACUUCAGUCCCUGUGUUGUAAUAACGAGGGUUUUGAGGAGGUCGUUGGGUAACGUUAGGGACGUUUGCAUUUCUUGUUGUCCAAAUGUCACAAAAGGACGACUCUGAAAACGACAUUUGGGAGUAUAAACCCCUCGAGAAGAAAAAGAAACGGCACGAAUCACCGUCGGGGGUGCAGGCGGUGACUAAAAGAAGAUGCACUUCGAGAAAAUACUCCAAGAGAGACACUUCUUUUCCAGUGAAGUCACCUGACAGCACAGUGAAGACAGCUGAAAGUGGGGAUUGUACUGUUGUUAAUAUACCGGUACACGGACAAACCGGUUUAGAGGCACAUACGUUAACAUCCUCAAAGUCAGCUCCUAAUGACACAGUGCAAACAGACAAUGGUGCUGAGGGACCAUCCUCUGGAGACUUUUGUCCUAUGUGUCAGAUGCCCUUUUCCAUUUUGGUGGUACAGAGUCAAAGAUGGCAUGUUGCUGAAUGUCUUGACACCCCCAGGGACACAUGCAAAGAAUGUCCACAUGGCCUCCACUGCUCUUCCACUAUUCCAAACCAUUACAAGAAGUUUAACCACACACUACUGGCCCACAGCAGAGCAGUCAAUGACACAGCCCUACUCAAUCUGUCCCAACAAGUAGGAACCAGUGGAAACCCCAGCCUCAGUGUUUUCCCAGGACUGAGCAACAGUGAGGUGGAUGCCACCAUUUUGGACCCUUCCCAGGACAGUCUUUCUGCCUCAUCCAAUUGUUGUGCCUCCCCCCACAGCAAUCACAGUGGAACACCUCCAUCUAAACCUACAACUGGCCUUCUGUUUCUACGCUCACCUGGCCCAGAGGACUUUAAGAAAAAAAAAGGCUGGUCAUCUACUAAAACCCAAAAGUCUAUCAGUGCUUCCCAGGAAAGUAGAACAGAGCUUUCAUCCACUCCUGUCCAGACAGAGAGUGGAAGACAAGCUUGUGAAGGUUUACUUAAAAGCGAACCUUCCCCUGACAACGAUGAUUCAAUAUCCUAUUCUCCUCUUUCUGAGUUCCCUGCAGAGACUGAAGUCAAAAAUAGUGAGUGUAGAGAAGCCCUUUUUAAUAAUGAUGCAUCUGAAAAUGACUCCAUGUUGCUUUUCAGUGACAGUUUCUCAAGUGAAGAUGAGCUCCUCACUGAAUUUAUAGAUAAUUUGGAAACUAAUAAUGUGCAGGUAAAUGAGCCUGCUUCAGUAAACACCCAGCUGCAGUCAGUUACCUCAGGACCGCCCACCAAUCAGCUAGCUGCCUCCGCAGUUGCUGAAAACGGAACUGAUUCCACAGGUGAAAAACAAGGUCACGUUGCCAUUGCUCCGUCUAAGAUUAACAUUCAGUCUCCACAAAGUAUUGUUUUAGAACGUCUGAGAGAAACUCUUCUAAGCUCAGAUAGAUAUUCUUUAGAAAACUUGAACAAUAGUAUUCAAUCAGAGCAACCUCACACAACUUCUCCAGUGCCUUCAUCACAAACCUCCUUUAUCCAAAGAUCUCAAACCAUGCCGUGUCAGAAAGCCCAGACAGGACAGGCCUCUUGUCUGAAGCAGAUGGACAUUGGGGUGUUUUUUGGCUUCAAACCGUUAAAAAACAAGGAGAAAGAGACUGAGAAGGCUGAGAGCGGACCAAAUUUCAACACCACCUCUAUUACAACAGUUGGUGAUGAUACAAGAAGGCAGAGACGGCCCAGGAAGGAGAGGCAAAGACAAAGUAAAGGUGGUGCAACUGCAGAUACCUCACAAGCCACUGCAGAUAAUAGUAAUGUAGGAGAUGCUCAGGGAGGAGCAGGGAAAGGCAGGAACAGAGGAUGGAGAAGAAGGUGGAACAGAGUAAACGAUGAUGGAGAAGUAGAAUUACCACGCUGUCCUUUCUACAAAAAGAUUCCAGGUACAAAGUUUGUCAUAGAUGCCUUUCGGUACGGAGAGAUUGAGGGCAUCAGUGCCUACUUCCUCACACAUUUCCAUUCAGACCACUACGGAGGGUUGACCAAGAAUUCCACAUUUCCAAUCUACUGUAACAGAAUUACAGGAAACCUGGUCAAGAGCAAACUGAAGGUGGCAGAGCAGUACAUCCACAUCCUCCCCAUGAACACCCAGGUCACAGUGGAGGGAGUCAAGGUCAUCCUCCUGGAUGCCAAUCAUUGUCCAGGAGCUGCCAUGCUGCUGUUCUUCCUGCCUGAUGGACAGACGGUCCUCCACACUGGAGACUUCAGAGCUGAUCCCUCAAUGGAGACCUACCCUGAGUUACUCAGCUGCAGGGUGCAGACUCUCUACCUGGACACCACCUACUGCAGCCCUGAGUACACCUUCCCCAGACAGCAAGAGGUCAUCAGUUUUGCAGCCAGCACAGCCUUUGAAAUAGUGACGCUCCACCCACGUACUCUCGUGGUGUGUGGAUCCUAUUCUGUAGGGAAAGAGAAGGUCUUCCUGGCACUGGCUGAGGUCCUUGGGUCUAAAGUGGGCCUCUCUAGGGACAAAUACAACACCAUGCUCUGUCUGGAGUCAGAGCAAGUCAGACAACGUAUAACCACUGACUGGAAAGCAGCCCGGGUCCAUGUGCUGCCCAUGAUGCAGCUCACCUUCAAAAAACUGCAGGAUUACUUGGCACAUUUCUCGAGCCAGUAUGAUCAGCUGGUAGCCUUCAAGCCCACAGGCUGGACUUUUAGCCAGCAGGUGGAAUCAGUUGAAGAUAUUCAGCCUCAGAUCAGUGGCAACAUCUCCAUCUAUGGAAUUCCGUACAGCGAACACAGCAGCUUUCUGGAGAUGAAGCGUUUUGUCCAGUGGCUUCAGCCCCUCAAGAUCAUUGCUACAGUCAACAACGGCAGCUGGGCUAGCAGGAAGGCUAUGGAGAAGUGCUUCAGUGAGUGGCUCACAGAAGCUAAAGCUAAACGGUAACUUAUUUAUCAGUAAGUAUCAGUCAGUAUCAGUCUCUGCAUUUGGCCUCUCUGUCGUUUGUUGGCAUUAAGAACGAAACCAGUUAAUUCUUAGUGCUUCAAAUGCAGUAUGAACGUGGGGAACAAAUACUUGAACACUACUCAUUUUAGUACUUCUGUUUAAGAUGCUUGCCUCGGACUACAGAGCGCAUAACUUUAGAGUUUCAGUGCUGUUCAGUGUUGUAAUGGUAGCAGGUGAACAUCCAUGAUUUUUAAAAAAGGUUGAAUAUACACUGUUGAAUUUCUGUGAAAGGUUCUGCUUUUAUCCACAGUGGGCUGAAGUAAAAUAAGUGACAUUUCUGCCAGCUGUUUGUGUGUUGUGAGGUCUGACUUGAUUGAUGUUUUAAACCUGUGUCAUCUAGAAGUAUGAUACCCUGGAGCUGAAUUAACUGCAUGUGUCUACUGUCUGAUGUCUACUUUGUUUGUGAACAUUAUAUUGCAAAUGCUGCUCUGAAAUUGUGCAAUUAUCUGUUUUUUUGUGUAAUCUAAAUUUUUAUCCUGAAAAAAAACAUUUAAACAUUCUUUUGCCACCUUUUUAUGCAACAAUAACCUUUAUUUACUUGUCAAUACAAAUCAUUCUCAAUGGAGUUCAAGAUGAGUAUUAUUUUCUAUUAAAAUUUGCAAACUUGA